AUGGGUUGCCGGAAGCAGCUGUUUGGAGAGAAGAGCAAUUGUAAAGGGGUUGUGACUGAAUCGUCAGCAUCGCAGACAAUACACACAACUAAUGUGGCUGUGGCAGAUGGAAGAUCAGGACAAGGUCACGAUGGGUUACCGGCAUGUAUUUUAGAAGGUGGAACAUCAUCGUGCACACCAGGCCGUAACGAGGAUGUUGUGGCUGGCAUUUCAGAAGCCGGAACAUCAUCCAGCAGAGGCAUGUUCUCACCAAUGGCAAUAGUUACAGAAAGCGAGAACGCUACACCAGAUGCCGAAAAGAAGUACACCCAUAAAGAAGACAUUGAUCCUGCCCUCAUUCCUAGGCCUGGGAUGUCAUUCAGAAACCGAAAAGAGGCCAGGGCUUUCUAUGAAGCGUACGCCGAGGAGGUUGGAUUCAAUUUGAGCUAUGAAAACAGUAAAACAUAUUCAUAUAUUAUACAGUGCAGCAAUGAGGGGGUUCAUACUUACUUUAAAAAAAAUGAGGAGCUGCGUGUUAGGUACAAUACCACAAAGAAGACACACUGCAUGUCGAAGAUGAAGCUUAAAAGAAUUUAUGAUGAAAACAAGAAUGAAAUAUCAGUGGUGAUUGAGCAAGUGGAUCUAAUGCAUAACCAUCCAUGUCUUAAAAAGAAAGAAGAAAUAAUAAAUAUGAGAUCACACAAGGAAAAGGAUCCGGUAUUACUUGAGUUUGUUGAUGACCUCCAAGCAGCGGAUGUCCCGCAUCAUAGUAUACAGAACAUUGUUAGGGACAUGCAUGGGGGAGGUGAGAACGUGCCAAUGACCAGGCGGGAUCUUGAGAACAGGAAGGCGGCUAAUGUGAGGGUAGAACAUGCCAAUGACAUUGCGAAGCUUCUAGAAUUCUUUGAAGACUGCAAGGCGCAGAACCCACAAUUUUGUUGGAUUUGUCGGUGGCAUGUGGUUAACAAGCAUAUGCCGAACCUGAAUGAGAUAUUCAGCCUUUAUGAGAAACAACACUUCAAGGACAAAUUCAAGUCGGUGCUGAACCACCCCCUGACACCCGCCGAAUUUGAGAGAGCAUGGGAAGAACUGAUAACAGAGUUUGAUUUGCAAGGAAAUGCCACUAUGGAGAGCUUAUUCCGGCAACAAGCUAGGUAUAUCCCAGCUUUCUUUAAAGAUGAUUACUGUGGGAUGAUGACAUCGACACAGCGUAGACUAUUUUGCGUGCACCUUUUGCGUGCCUUCAUUCAUGUCCAAGUAGACAAGAUUCCACGUGAAUACAUUUUUAAGCGCUAUACAAGGUUCGCUAGGAGGGAGGUUGACUUUGAUACGAGCGACAAGCUUCUAACCGGGGAGGACGGCAACACACAAAGCUAUAGAACAAAGACUCUAAUACCAAAAGCUAUGAAGGCGGUCAGAUCAGGGAGCAUGUCUAACGCUGCUUACAGAAGAUUGCUCGAAGCUUUAGAAGAUGUCACGAAGGAAAUAGACAAUAUCCCCCCAGACAUUGGUGCAGAAGCGAGGAAGGGACAAGGUCCAUCAAGGACAAAGGACAAUUCUAGAGAUAGCAGCAGCGACGAUGGCAUUGAAGAAGGAAGAUGUGAGGAGACAAGGAUAACACGGAAAAUUUUACCAGCUGCGAACCAGUUACUACAUGGAGGUUGUUCAAAACAAAUGAAGGCAGCAGAAAUAAAGGAAUCUGGGACCACAUGUAGAGUUGAGGCUAGCCAUGUGCUGGAUUGCAAUAAAGAAAUAGGGAAGAAAAAGGCAGCAGCAGCAACAAGUGAAGAAGGGUCACAACAUGAACAGGAUGUGACAACAUUGAUAAACCUGGUGCCUCCUGAAAAAGCGAAGCCUAAGGGCAGGAACAAGACAGAGUCAGAGAAGGCAGCAGUAACCCUUGGAGCAUUAGGCGAGAAAUUGGGCACGAGAAAGUGCAAGGCUUGUGGGCAGUACGCUACACAUAAUGCGCGGACGUGCCUCAGCUUGGAACAUAAUAGAAUGAGGCUUGAAGAAAUGAAGAACAAAAAGAGAGGGAGGCCACCAGGGGCUAAAAAUAAAAAGGUAAGCUGGGAGCAUGUUACUGAUCGCGACGAGGAAGACAAUAGAGUGAAGACACGACAGAAGGUAGUCGCAGAAAACACCUAUACUGGUCUAGAUAGUGACAACGAGGGAGAAAAAUGA